GUUGAGCUAACCAUGGUUUAACGUUAGAAGUUGUAGAGUGUAACCUGCACCUUUCAUUUCUCUCUCUCUCCCUCCCUUGCUUCAGUUUUCAUUCGCGACACACCUCCUUUUGUUUCCUUCCACUCUCAGUUCUCACUGUUAGGCUGUUAUGUUACAAUUUUCUCGCUAGAUCUGAUACUACCUGACUUCAUGAGAUGGAAGCGGAGAAAAAGUUGCAUUUCAGUUACUAGUAGUAGGGGUUGGUUGGUGCUGAAAAAAUAAACAGACAGAGAUACUUGUUUUUUCUUUGCUUAGGAGAUGAAGCUUGACGCGGGCGUGGUGUGGGACGAUGAGGACAAGGCCAUGCUUGGGGCUGUUCUGGGUGGUCGAGCUUUGGAGUUUCUAAUGGCAAACUGGUUGUCGAAUGAGAGUGUUUUAAUGGCGGUUGGGAGUGAGGAGGGGCUGCAGAACAAGCUCUCGGAUCUGGUGGAGCGUCCCAAUGUCUCCAAUUUCAGUUGGAACUACUCCAUUUUCUGGCAGCUCUCGCAUUCCAAAUCCGGUGACUGGGUUCUGGGUUGGGGAGACGGGUGCUGCAGGGAACCCAGCGAGGAAGAAGAGGGUUCUUUGGGAAGAGGAACACUGAGGCUUCUUCGCGUGGACGAGGAGAUGCAGCAGAGGAUGCGGAAGAGGGUGCUGCAGAAGCUGCACACCACGUUCGGGGGCGAGGAUGAGGACAAUUACGCUUUUGGCCUCGACCACGUCACCGACACCGAGAUGUUCUUUCUUGCUUCCAUGUACUUUUCUUUCCCUCGCGGCCAUGGUGGCCCAGGUAAGUGCUUCGCGUCCGGGAAGCAUUUGUGGCUCAAAUCUGUGUCUGAUUACUGCGUGCGUUCUUCCUUGGCUAGCUCUGCGGGAAUUCAGACUAUUGUUUUGGUCCCUACUGAUAUGGGAGUGGUGGAGUUGGGUUCUGUCAGAAUGUUACCCGAGAGUUUUGAACUCUUGCAGGCUGUUAAAUCUGUGUUCUCCACGCAGUCUCCUUCAUACCAAGGGGUGAGUGUGAGCACCGGUGGGAAUGCUGUUUUCCCUGGUUUGGCAAUUGGGGAUGCUAAUAAGGUAGAUGGAGGAGUUUCGAUUCCCAAGGUUUUUGUCAACACAAUUGGAAAUCGGACGCAUUUCAGAGAGAAACUUGCAGUUAGAAAAAUGGAGGAUAAUAGGCCUUGGCCAGGCCAUGGCCACCCCGACCCCAAUGGGAACAAUCUCCACAACAACGUUAGUUUUCCGAAUGUGCGGGGUAAUAGUCUUCAUGUUUCGAGUUGGGCAGUGAAUUCGGAUCUGAGGCAGCCUGGUCCCCUUGAGAUUUUUGCUCCUAGGGCCCCCACGAGUAGUGUCCUCGCAGAGCUGGCUAAUGUUGGGAAACAGGAUUUCAGACCUCAAAGGCAGGUGCAAAUGCAAAUUGACUUUACCGGAGCCACUUCCAGGCCUUCUUCAGCGAGACCGGUCGUCGGUGAAUUGGAGCUUUCUGAUGUUGAGGCCUCUUGCAGGGAGGAGCAACAACCCAGUUUUGCCGAUGAAAGGAAGCCCAGGAAGCGGGGAAGGAAGCCUGCCAAUGGAAGGGAAGCGCCCCUCAAUCAUGUGGAGGCGGAGAGGCAAAGACGCGAGAAGCUCAACCAACGCUUCUAUGCGUUGAGAUCUGUGGUGCCUAACAUCUCCAAGAUGGAUAAGGCUUCAUUGCUGGGAGAUGCCAUUGCUUAUAUCAACGAGCUUCAGGCUAAAGUCAGGAUCAUGGAAGCUGAAAAAGAGAGAUUUGGAAGCACUUCAAAUGAUGGAUCAGUCUUGGAAGCUAAGUUGAGAUUGGAAAAUCAGGAGAAAAAAGCUCCUGAUGUGGAUAUUCAAGCUUUUCAAGAUGAGGUCAUUGUAAAGGUGAGCUGCCCUCUUGACAGUCACCCUGUUUCAAAAGUAAUCCAAACAUUUAACGAAGCACAGAUCAGUGUUGUAGAGUCUAAACUUGCUGCUGCAAAUGAUACCAUUUUUCACACAUUUGUAAUUAAGUCCCAAGGACCUGAACAGCUCACAAAGGACAAGUUGAUUGCUGUUUUUUCUCCAACAGAAUCCAACUCAUUGCAGCCAUUGUCACAGUUGGAUAGCAAGGGAAUUGCAGUCAGCAUAGUCCAUACGUAGAGAAAUACCAAUUUCUAAAAGCUUCCUCAGAAUUUUUUUGUUACACCACGGAGGAUCUUAAAAGAAAAGCAUUCGGAACUAGAGUAGUAGAAUAAAUAGUUUCCAUUAACCAUGUAGGCAGCAGCCAAUUUAUGUUUGUCUAUAGUGUAUACACACCGGAAAUAUUGUUUCUGCAAUGUCAAUUGUUUUAUUUAGUUUAACCAAUCUAGUUGUUAUGGUUAAAGAGUUUAUGUCUUGAUGUCAUGUCUUUCAAGUCCUUGUUUUUUCCUAUGUCUUGUUCUGUGCAUAAGAGGAAAGAGAAAAGAAUUCUUAAUUUUUGCUACUUUUGUUAUUUGAAAUUUUUGUGAUAUAGUUGUGCUCUUCCUUUCA